CCUCUUUCUCUCCCGGCAAUUCCUGGCCAACACUUACUUCACUUCAUCUCGUUCGUCAGAAUGUCCAGCCCAGAGGGAUCUCAUCCGUUGUAUUAUCUGCCUGCAGAACUCUUUGAGAAGAUCCUCACUUAUCUGGAUCUCGACUCAGUCAAGGCUUUCCGUCUAACCAACCGAAAGCUCGCCGACAGGUGCAUUGGACCCCGAUUUCUAGCAUCCAUUCCACAACCUGUUCUGGACGCCUCGUCGCACAAGCUUCGUUCCCUCCAUGCCUUGGCUUGCAAUCCUGUUCUCAGAAAGAAGAUCCAUUCUGUGACUUUCCAGGCUACAAUCGUGGACGCUUCUCCGUUGAAGAAGAACUUGAAAGCUAAAGGAUAUAUUGAGCAGCUGCACAUCUUUGGGCACAAGUACAAGUCGGUGAAAGUCAAAUAUACCCGCGAAGAACUUGCUAAAGUCAAAUCUGAUCUGAAAAAGUUGAAAGAAGACCAGAAGGCACGAGCCACGGAGUCAGCGGAUGAGAUUAUUGAUCUCCUGCGACUUGUGUUCCAAGAGUUUGGCGAGUUAGGCGCUAUUCACCUGGAUGGUGCGGUUCCCCGGGGGCGGAUGAAGAGAGAAACACCCGAGGACGGGGAGUGGUAUUCUCUCUGGACGCGCGCCUGGCAUAUUUUCACAUGGAUUAUGACAGCGUUCAUGCAGAGCGGGGCCUCGGUGAAGAAAUUCGAUCUCUUUAACACGACUCGCCGGUGCUGUAUCCCAAAUGGAAAACUUGCCAGCUACGCAUCAAGGCUUGACUCGACGCAGCGAGAGAUGUUGACCAAGGGUUUGCAAUCACUCGAGCUAAGUAUGUCUGGGGAGAUACAGGAUAAUUUUGAUGUCACCGAAGAAUCAGAUCGGGAAGAUGGUUUGAAUGAAGAGGGCGAGAAAGCAACCUCAGUGAGAGCACCUCAUGCAUCGACGGGACAUUUGUUCUUGGGUGAUGAUCCUCGUGGUGCGCUCGCGCAUGGAACUCCGGGUGUUACAUCCCUCUUUCUGAAGUCUGCGCUCGCUCUUCGAGAACUGGAUUUAACGUUCCGUCGUACCGUGGAAUCAGGGUCAGAGUUCAAGAAGAGCUAUGACCGGAUCAUUGACAAUAUCGCCCAUGAAGCCCAGCUCCCGAUGCUGGAAAAAUGUGCCUUUUCUGGAUUUCCGGCUAAGGGGGAGUCUAUUCUGCUCUUUCUCCAGAAGCAUUCUGACCUCCGCUCAUUCAAGGUGCAUGGGUGCCGUUUGACUACAGGGUCAUGGACACCUAUAUUUAGUUAUCUGGAGCAAUCGAUGCCAAAGCUAGAGAACCUAGACCUGUCAGACCUCUUUGGGAAACAUAUGCAGAAUCACAAGUAUGCACAACGACGGAUGACUGGUUACUUUAACUCGGAUGACAACAUAGAGCAAGAGGCGGAGGAUGAUGAGGAGGAAGGCAAUGGGUUGGUGGUUUUGCUGCCGAUUUGGGACACCGCUCCGGAAGAUCGUGAGAAAGAAUUCCUGUGUACGAACGGGAGAUCCGUGCACACCAGAAGUUUCACCGGGGAGGACAUCAAAAAAGGGCUAGUGUUCCGACCGCUACAUAGAGGGCCGGGACGGCCUCUCGCCUCUCCCACCGUUAACCGGUGGAAUGUUUCUCACAGCAAGCUUUAUGGGCCUCCAACAUCGGUUAAGGCCUGGCUCUGAGCUCUCUCUGUUACUUAGCGGGAACGAACAAAUCACUACCAUUUGACCUGUGACAAGGCAAUAGGAACUCUAUUGUCUGAAAUUCUGCAGGCAAUUAAUAUGAUGGUAGCAUUGUAUCGUUAUCUAGGCCUUCUCCUAGUGGCUCUAGUCAGUAAUUUGCCUGCGAUUUGAUCAUGUCUCAUUUUCAGAGCUCGUCCUAGGCUCUAGCCCCUUGACAGGAAGAAAUCUGUUUUGAUCUCGUCUUAAGGACACGCAGAUUGAAUGCCCUCCAGAAAGAAAUCCAUUUACUCCCUGGGCCCAUGUGCGACGAGUAAUUCGAGCCGAGAUGCGACGUCU